AUCAUAGUUGAUUUGUUACAGGUGCCUGUGCAUUUCCAUAAUGGCGGCUACUUCAAAUUUAAAAAUACAGGCAGCUUGACAACUUACUGUGUCAGCCAUCAGGACAUUUUUCGAGGUCCGCAAUAAAGUAUAUCAUUGACCUGUAGCAAGAACAAUGGGCAGAGCAAAUAAAAGUGGAGGGCAUUCCACAACAUGUUCAGAUAAUGAUGGUGGUUCUUCGGGAAGUUCUGAUCUAGAAACCUCAAGUACACCAAAGAAAUUACAGUUAGCUGCAAAGAAGAAAGUUAACCAGGAGAAGAAAAGAGAAAAAGAACUUCACAUGAAAACUGUCCAGCAUAAGCUAUGUAAGGCAGACUUUCUGUCUAAAAGUACAGAAUUUAGAACAUGGUUAAAAGAGGAGAAAAAGAAGCAAUUCGAAGAACUGUCAGCAACUAAAGCCAAGGAGAUGUUUAAAAAAUUUGUUAAGAAAUGGAAUAAAAAAACACUCCCAAAGGAGAACUGCAUGCUUACUUUACAGAAGUACUACAGAGGUAUCAGUAGUAUGAAUGAUACAGACAGCCCCUCAGUUACACCUGACAUCAACAAGAGUCUUUGGAGCUUAGCAGAUAUGGAUAAUGUCAGCAUGCUUAGCCUGUCCUCCAUACCUGAUGAUGACCAGGGUAUAUCCACUAAGUCACCUGAUCCUGACGCCAUCUCAGUCAGCUCCUUUGGUACAUUUGGGAAAAGGCAGACUUUGAUUGACUUCAGUGGGUCAGAUGAUGAUCUCGGUAACACAUCUACCAGUUCCAUUGACUCAGCUUUUGAGUUUAUAAAAGACAACCAGCCAUCAGAUUUUGGCCACACUCCCCCAGCAUCCCCAUUUCCAACCAUUAGAAGAGCUGGUACUCUGUCCAGAACACCCAAAGGACUGUCAGCCCUUAGACAAGUCACAGUUCCCCAGCCUCCAAGGAGACCUCCUAUAUUCUUGCCUACAUCUACAGAGCAGCCUCCAGAAGCUGUGGAAGAUGAGACCACUCCAGCCAGUCGGCAUAAUAACUUGCAUGUAGAGAUUGGUUCAGGUUCCCCACUAGACAACACCAAAAGUUCUGGUAAUGGAGGAUCAACAGACAGUCCUACUAUUUCCUUGGAAGAUAAUGCUUUAAAGGACACCUUGAAUGUCCUGGAUGAUGUGAUAUGUGGACAUGAACAAAGCCUUGACGGAAGUGUAAUUGAGGAUGGAGAUUUUGAAACUGUCUCAAGUGCAGAGAGAAACAGAAGCACAAAAAGGGUAAGACCACUUCAUUUUGACAGAGGAACAGAAGACAUUUUUCCAGCCAGAAUUGGAUCACAGAUCCCUCCUUCCAUGACUAGUUCCCGUUGGAGUAUGGUGUCCAACUUCUUCAAUGAUUCAGAGUCACUGGAAAUUGUACCAAUCAACCUGACCGAUUCCUCCUUGGAGCAAACUGACCAUGGGUCCCACAACAGGUCAUUGGACAUAGGAAUCAGUCAUGAGCAACAACUGUGUAAAGCGGACAGUGUGUCUUUGUGUGAGGGCUCAGUAACAAGGAGAGAUAAAGUCAUGUCAUCAUUUUCCGACACUGCUGUGUACACAGAGGGCCUGUCUAGACCACUGUCAACAUUCUCUACAUUUGGAGGUAGCAGCAUAUCCAUGAUAUCUGAUAUAAGUGUGGGUAGUAGGUACUCCAUGAGUUGUGCAGAUUCCACAGUCUACUCUGACAUAGAGAGCAACGGUAAUGGGAAAUAUCAUGAAAAUACCCCAGAUGUAAUUGAAAAGCAGAGCAACCAUGCUCAUGAACUGGAGAAAAAUGAAAAGAGCAGUGAGUCAAUAAACAUCACUGGGCAUAGUUCCACAUUUCAGACCUCCAAGAGAAGUUCCUGGUCUUCUCCAAGUACCAAGGACACUAGUAACAGCAUGUCCUUUGCUUCUCCAAGCACAGUUAGAAGAUAUGGUAGCCUUCCUAGACCACCUGCUACACUCAGGGCUGUUGCUAUUCCAAAGCCACCAGUGAUGCCUAAACCCAGCAUUGUACCUAAGGAAAAUGGGCACCAAAACACUGUGUCCACUGCAACCUCACAGCCAACCAUAAGCCAGGAAAAAGUGCUGCUUUUGAAUGAUGCUAAAUCAUCACAGCCAUGCAACAAGCUGGAAAAAACGCCACCCAAUGGGUGUGACACCAUCUACCCAGUGUCAACUGAAGGCAACAUUUGCCAGAGUGAAAUACCACUUGUGUCCUGUGACAAUGUGAAUAUGGUGUUGUCAAAAACUGCAAACUCUCAUUUUGUAGAUGCUGUCACAACAGAGCCAUUGCAAUGCAGCAUUAGUCAGGACACAAUGCCAGUACCACACUGUGACACUGUCAGUAUAGUGUCAUUGCAACCAAGCACCAGCCAUGAUGUAGCACCACCACCACCCUAUGACAGCACCAACCAGGAUACAGCACCAGUACCACCUAACAACACUGACAGCACCCUGCCAUUACAAUCCAGCACUAGCCAAGAUGCAGCACCAGUACCACCUUAUGACACUGUCAGUAUAGUGUCAUUGCAAUCAAGCACUAGCCAGGAUGCAGCACCAGUACCACCUUAUGACACUGUCAGUAUAGUGUCAUUGCAAUCAAGCACCAACCAGGAUGCAGCACCAGUACCAUCUAACAACACUGUAAGCACUCUGUCAUUACAACCAAGCACUAGCCAGGAUGCAGCACCAGUACCAUCUUAUGACACUGUCAAUCUGAUGUCAUUUCAAUCCAGCACCAGACAAGACACAGCAGUAGUGCCACACCUUAUGGUCAGUACAGAGUCAAUCAAAUCCAGCGUCUUCCAGGACCAAAUACCUUUUCUGCAGAGUGACACUUUAAGUGAUAUAUCAUCACAGCCCAGUGCCAGCCAGGGCAAAGCAUUGACUUUACAUUGUAAUAUUGUAACCAGAGAGCCAUGGCAAUCCAACGGCAGUCACCAGGGAACUACAUCGCUGCAUGCAUGUGACCAGCUAUCAGACAACACUAAAUCUUACAACAACAGGAUUCAGCAAAAGGUCCAGGAAAAGGUGCCAUCUUAUGAAAAUAAUUGGAAGGCAGCUGAUCUAACUCCCAUGAUAAGCACCAAUGAUUGUUCACCAACAGAUCACUUAUCAUGUGAGGCACACAUUAAAGAUGUUGAUGUCCAAAGAAGACGCAUCCCUAAUGCAUUGCUUCCCCUGACAGCUAACCAUGUGUCCAAAACAACGUUUUUGUCUCAAGACAAAAAUUCUUCAGAAAUAACAAUGGCAGACACUCAGCCUACUCAGAGCAUCAAAAAUGAGACUGACAAACCUGUUGAUACUGUUACCAGCAAGAGGAGAUCACCAGGCAAGAGAGAGUGGUCAUCAGACAAUGAAAAUGCUGAAAAUAUUCACCCAGAGAAAUUAUGUAAAUCAAGCAUUCCAAAUGAUUUCAAGAAAAGCAGAGUUGAUCAACAGGAACAAUGUGCUGUUGAAAACAAAUGUAAGAACAGUCAGCUUAACGAUGUUCAAGAGUCCCUUGCACAGGGCAAAAUGACAGUGGUCUUCAAGCCAGCUGGCAGAUCAACACUUGUGUGAAUACAGAGUGGUCCAUUUGUGAUUUCAGACUGUUAAAUCAUAAAAAAUAUACAAUAAAAGCUGUCUCCAUGUUACUUGUCACUUUAUAACAAUACAAUCAGAUUUUGUGGUGAAGAUUUUUUCUUUUUGAAAUUGCCUAAAUUGAAUUGUUAUGCAGAGUGUGCUGUACAUGUAUGUAGAUCAGAAUAAUUGACACAAACUUUUUUCCUAGAGCCAUUAUGGUUUUAUUUUUUAUGUAUAGAUUUAUGGAUAUGUACAAUGUAUAUUUUCCUGUGACAGAAGACCUGGCAAUUCUCUGUUUUCAUGUUAUAAUGAAUGUUUAUCAUCUAAAACUAGAGUAUAGGAUAUUAUGAAUCUGUGUUAAGUUUGUAUGUGAUUUUUUUUUCAAGAUGUUUACUGCAAAGUUCUUGAAUGGGAUUGCUGGCAUGAAAUACUCCAUUGAAAUUAAUUUUAAUGGACAUGCUUUUUGAAUUCUUUCUUAAAGAAUGAAAUGAUGUCAUCUUCAUAGUUAAUGUAAAUUCAACUUUUUACCAAAACAUGUUUUCCCGGAUCAAUUUUGAAUUCAGUUAGCCCAACUAAAAUUUGUAAGCAUAAAACAGUAAGACCCUCCUUUGUUAUCAUUUAUAUUGUUUCAGCUAGUGAAGA